AUGUUUGAUCCCUUAGAUCUGUAUACUCCAGAAGAUAUUGCAGAUGCUCCCCCGGACCAAGUCAAUUUGCUCCUGAGCUCGAAAGAUUCUGAAUCGAUUCAUGAUAGUGAUUUCAACGAUGAAGAUGAGAAUCUACCCAUUGAUUCUCUAGAUCUGCCCUCAGUUCACUACGCACCACCUGAAGCGAUACUAUGCAUAUUAUUGCUAUUAAAGCCUACCGAUCAAAUCAAUUUCCAACAUAGCAAGGAUAGUAAUUUGACUACUUCACAGAUAUGCCUUCAGAAGGGAAUUUCAAUGGAAUUGAUAAAUGCUACGGUAAAAUAUUACCAAACUUGGGGUAAUAAGAGGCUAGAUACAGAAAAGAAAAUAUGUGAAAAAAUACCGACACUGGCGACCAUUGCGGAAACUUUAUUGAAUUACUAUACUCUAAUUUUAAAACAUUACGAAAAGACUUCAAAUUGGAUCCAAGAUCAAAUUGUAAAGGAAGCUAGUAUGAGAAUUUGUGAAAAUUGUGGUAGAACGGCCUUACCCACCAUGUCAAGGCGUUUCACUUUCGAAAACUUUUCAAGAAAUAUUGAAAUUUACGAGCCUUCCUUGACCGCCGAUAAUCUUGGUUGGAAGACGUGGGGAUCCUCAUUUAUUUUAUCACAAAAAUUAAUCAAAAUUGUUCCUCAUUUCAAUCCUACUAAAUUACACAGAGUGCUAGAACUUGGAUCUGGGACUGGACUGGCAGGUAUAUCUUGGCUUAUGAAAUGGAUUGAAAUUCAUGGUAAUUCCAACAUUGAAAUGUUUUUUACCGAUUUACAGGAAAUUGUACCCAAUUUGAGGAAAAAUGUAGAGAUUAAUGGGAUAUCUGAUAAUUCUGUGGUGGACACUUUAGAUUGGACUUGUCCCGAGGAUUUUGUUGACAAAUACUCUAGUGAAAAGUUCGAUAUCAUUAUAGUAUCGGAUCCAAUAUAUUCACCUAAUCAUCCAAAACUAGUUGUGGACAUGAUAAGCUUGUUCUUAUCAACAAAUGGUAUUUGCCAUCUUGAAAUCCCACUGAGAGAUAAGUACUCAAAGGAGAGGAAUAGUUUGUGGGAACUAUUAGAAAAAAAUAGUUUGCAAGUAAUAGAACAAGAAAAUGAUCAAGGUAUGGAUGACUGGGGAAAGGUCAACUACUUGUAUCAAAGGAUAGAAUGGAAAAAAAAGUAA